CUCCCUGAUAGACCGAGCUAUAAAGUAGCUCGUCCCAUACAUCGACGAGGCAGUCAACUACCGCUUCUUGAUUUUGACAAAAUGACCACCGCCGCGAACCUCCCCAAGACGUACAAAGCCGUGAGCAUCCCCGCACCGAAUGGCGCCUGGGAGAUCGUCACGCAAGAGCUGCGCGCGCCCGCGCCGGAUGAGGUGCUCAUCCGCGUGCACGCCUCGGGCAUCUGCUACUCGGACCACUUCGCGAAGUUGGGGGGGUGGCCGGGCAUGAAGUUCCCGUGCGUGACGGGCCACGAAGUAGUCGGCCGCGUCGCGGGCGUCGGCGCGGGGCUGUCCAGCAAGGACAGAGAGGGACGGUACAAGCUCGGCGCGCUCGUGGGUGUCGGCUGGAACGGCGGAUACUGCGGGCGAUGCGAGCCGUGCAGGACGGGGAACGCUUUCAUGUGCAAGGAGGGACAGGUGACGGGGUUCACGUUUGAUGGUGGGCAUGCGGAGUACAUGUAUGCGCCUGAGACGGCGGUGGUGAGCAUCCCGGAGGAGGCGUUGCAGAAGGCAUCGUAUGCAGAGCUCGCGCCCUUGCUGUGCGGAGGUAUCACGGUCUUUGACGCUAUCCGCACGGCACCGUGGAAGCCCGGCGACCUCUGCCUCGUACAGGGCAUCGGAGGCCUUGGGCAUCUUGGCAUUCAAUACGCAUCAAAGCUCGGUCUGAAGGUCAUCGCCGUCUCCUCCGGCUCCUCCAAAAAGUCGCUCGCCCUCUCGCUCGGGGCCUCCGAGUACAUCGACGCCUCCGCGACGGACGUCGUCUCGUAUGUCAAGUCGCUCGGCGGCGCGCGCCUCGUCCUCUGCACCGCGCCCUACUCGCAGAGCAUCUCCAAUAUCAUCCCCGCCGUCGGCCUGAACGGGACCGUGACGCUCGUGAGCGCGGCGGUGGACGGGAAGAUCCAGGUGGACAACGUGGUCCUGAACAUGAGCCGCGCGGCGCUGCGCGGGUGGUGCUGCGGGUGUUCGCCGGACACGGAGCAGUGUGUCAAGUUCUCGACGUUGUCUGAUGUGAAGUCGAUAGUGAAGGAGUUCCCACUGGAGGAGUACCCGAAUGCGUACGAUGCUGUGAUGGCGAACAAGGCGAGGUUCCGCAACGUCAUUGUCUUCCCGUAAGAAAGCUGUAUCUCUAGUAAUGAUCGUCCUCUCCGUGUGUAUUUAUAGAGCAGUAUGGAUGUCUCGUCUUCGUAAUGUGCUCUGACUUGAUGCGAUGACAAUC